UAAAAAAUAAAAAAUUCAAGAGUUUCCAAAAAUAAAAAAAUAAAAAAAUAAUGGAAAAUGGUCAUUAGUACGAACAGCUUAUUUGUGCGUCCCUCGCUCCCUCACCCUUACGGGCUUACCACUACCCUCACUCACUGCUCCAAUGUUACGCAUGGUUUGGAUUAGUAAUGUCCGUACCUGAUUUCAUCAGUGUUAAGCAAAGUUCCCUUUUUCCUUCACUUGUGACUUGUGCUGCACUCUUACCUCGCUUUUAAAUUUUUUUUUAUCCCUUUUUGGUCGAAGAAAAAAAUAAGAAAAAGAAAAAAAAGGAACUCCUGUACCUAUCUCCUUCUCUAAAUAGUAAAUAACCAAAAACGUCUGUGUUUUAAGUUUUUCUGUGAUUCCUGAGGACGAUGUUCAUCUCCGAUCCUUCUCUCAGACGAAGCAGCCGCUACUCCCUCUCUCAGAUCUGGCUCGCGGGAUCGGAGUCUCACUUUACUAACUUCUGCAAGGUUACGUUUCUAUUAUCUCUUUCAGCUAAAAAUAAUUACUUAUUAUUUUCUGAUCUGCACUCCUGAUUUGGAUCUGAGGUUUCAAUACAUAUUUGUGCAUAAGUUCGAUCUUCUUCUUUUCACUGUCUUCCCUCUGAGUGUAACUCCAGUUUUGAUUUAUCCCUAAUUACCGCUCUUAGAUUUGUAUAUUUGUUUAUUUUUUGUUAAGGUAAAUGAGGAAGAAAGAUAUACAGACUUCAACCGUGGAUCUACUGCGCUGUAUAUGGUAUAUACAACUUGCUACUCUUCUUAUUUCACCUCCAAUCCGCAAAACUACAGUAGCUGUAUGUGUCUUCAGAUAUUUGGUGUAUCUCAAGGCAGGAAUGAUAUUCAUCACAAGUUUUGGACUACAGAAAUAUGACGAAACAUAAGAUAGAAAUAAAGAAGAUAGAGAACAUAGCAGCAAGGCAGGUGGCUUUUUCAAAGAGGAGAAGAAGUCUGUUCAAGAAGGCCGGGGAGCUUUCAACUCUGUGUGAUGCAGAGGUGGCGCUCCUUGUCUUUUCUGCUACUGGCAAACUCUUCCAACACUCUAGUUCAAGUGUGGAACAGGUAGUAGAAAUGCACAAAGAUAUGCAUUCAAGCAUCGACAAAUCAUCAUAUCACCCUCCAAUGGAAUUGCAAAUGCGCAAUGAAGUGGCAGAUAAGACUCAUGAAUUAAGGCAGUUAAAUGGAGAAGAGCUUCAAGAAUUAAAAUUUCAAGAACUAAUGAAACUUGAAGAACGUCUACUCAAAGGUCUGACCCGCGUUUUAAAAGCUAAGGAUGAAAGAAUGGCAAAUGACAUCACUGUCCUCGCAAAAAAGGGAGUGGAUCUAAUGCAAGAGAAUAAGAAAUUGCUGCAGAUUGCUGAUGAAAAAGAACAAGCAUGAGUUGAAAUAGUUAUCAUCAAUUUACAGGUUAUACAUUAAUUGUCUUUCUACCGUG